AUGGCCAUCCUAACAUUGGGAAUGAAGAGUCAGUUUUCCAAUAAAUGUCACAAAGUUAUAAUUGAUGCAAAUUAUAUCAUUUUUGUGAAGAUGAUGCCAUACAGUGUCUUAGUUAUUCCCCAUCUGGUCUACGAUAACGGCGGGAACCUCAGUUGGGGUUGGUCGAGAUUGCUGUCGUUUAUAUUGAGUUCGAGGGUCAGAGGGCGCGAAGUUCCAGAUGCUACCAGGUGUUCAAUGAUCGUACUUCUCGGUUCAACAGCAGCAAGGCUUCACCUCAGAUUGUGCCCAAGAUUGAGGACUCCUCUGCUCUCCUUUCUGUUAUUUAGUGUUUUCCAGAGGAACAGCUCCACUAAAACCGGGAAACUGGCUUCUCACGGCUUUGCUUCCAUGGCAGCAAUGUCAUCCUUUCCCCCACAGAGGUAUCAUUACUUCCUAGUGUUGGAUUUUGAGGCCACGUGUGACAAGCCCCAGAUCCACCCUCAGGAGAUAAUUGAAUUCCCCAUCCUGAAGCUGAAUGGCAGGACAAUGGAAAUUGAAUCCACUUUCCACAUGUAUGUGCAGCCAGUGGUCCAUCCUCAGCUCACACCUUUCUGCACUGAGCUGACUGGAAUUAUUCAGGCUAUGGUGGAUGGACAACCUAGUCUCCAGCAAGUGCUUGAGAGAGUUGAUGAGUGGAUGGCAAAGGAAGGCCUUUUGGAUCCCACGGUCAAGUCUAUUUUUGUUACCUGUGGAGAUUGGGACUUGAAAGUAAUGUUACCUGGACAAUGCCAGUACUUAGGGCUUCCAGUUGCUGAUUACUUCAAACAGUGGAUUAAUCUCAAAAAGGCAUAUAGCUUUGCCAUGGGGAGCUGGCCAAAGAAUGGGCUGUUAGAUAUGAACAAAGGACUGAAUCUACAGCACAUAGGAAGGCCUCACAGUGGGAUAGAUGACUGCAAGAACAUUGCCAACAUCAUGAAGACGCUGGCUCACAGAGGGUUCAUCUUCAAGCAGACCUCCAAGCCCUUUUGAUUUCUGGGGCCGGCCGGACAGGGCUGCAUGCGGCCGGCUCCUGCUACAUGGGUGCGAUGGGCUGGAGCAUUCGAAUAACAGAAAGAGGACAGAGGAACGAGCAACCCCACGACUCCGUCAGUUUUGCUGUUCUGCCAGUAGAGGCUGUAUAUAUGGAACUGGAUUCUCUGUGUAGGCCUGAAGUGACUCCCUCUCUAGGGGCAGCUGCCUGCCCGGCCUGGUCCAGCCUGCAGCCCCCUAGGGCGCUUGCUCCACAUGGUUAGAGACGUAGAUUGUUUUCCCUUUUGUUGGCUUCUGAUUCCCCUUGGCGUCUUUCUCUCUC